CAAUCCAUGCGAGAUAUAUGUGAUGAAGUAAUAGAUUUAUCAAAGACUUUUAAAGAACAGAAGAAACAAAUAUGUAAUUCCAUUAUAAAAAAAUAUAAAAAAAAUAAUCUUGAUUUUCCACCAUCAAGCCAAGAUUGGGUUAUUAGAAAAAUGAUGGUUUCUUAUGUUCAAUGUGCAA